AUGUGCUUAGUGGCCGAGAAGUUACAAAUCGGUCAACAUUCAAGGUCGAGUGAUGACAAUGGAGCCAGUCGCGAUGCGCAGACAAAGGCAGUGAUAGGUGAAGUAGUAGUCACAAAAAAAAAGGUCACACUGAAUAUAGCUCUUUCUGCAUUUAUAAUUUUGGAUGAUGAAGACAUCAUACAAGAAAAGCAUCCAACUGAGUUGAUUUCGUAUGCGUCUUUUCCAUCACAGGUAUCUUCAAUGUAUGUGUUUUUUAGUAAUACUCCUCGCCAGUCGGUUUCAAAUGGUCCCAGGCCUGCAACCCCUGCUCCUGCCGUCGUGUCCCCUGCUUUAAAACUUAUCUUAACCAUAUCAAACUCGUUUGUCUUAGAUGUGUUAAACCAUGCGGUCGCUGAAGGAUUAGCACAACAGUCUUGGUUUCAUGGGUUUGUUGAAAGAAACGCUGCUGAAUCCAAGUUACAUAGAGAGGGAGAUUUUCUGGUUCGCAUGAGUCAAAAUACAGUUAACAAUUUUGUCUUGUCAGUUAUAUCAAAUUCAACACCAGCUCAUCUUUUAUUGCUGGAUGAGAACGACUUGAAGGUGCGCGAACAGGAACAGUUUUUUAGUACCGUGGUAGAAAUGAUUGAGUAUCAUUUUCGUAACGAAGUGCCCAUUGUUGCUGAUGGCCUUGCUCUUCGCCUUAUCCGUCCAAUUGAAAACGAUGCUGUUCGUAACCAACAUCAGGUAUUCGCCAAUAAUUCGCAUCCAUUAGUUCAACGCAUGUAA